ACGUAGCCUUUUGUGUUUCAUUCUUGUUUCCAGACUACGGAAUUCGUUUUGAUCAAAAUUCUUGAGUAAUUUUAGUAAUUAUUAAUUUUGUAAAGAUGUUCUCCUUAGUUUUUGGCAUUAAAGCUACUGCACGCUACUUUCUAUGCACCAAGGGAUUGCCUUUUAUAGCCGGUCGAUCUGAUGCCGGGGGGCGGCGUGGUUUCAAGGUAUCUCUGGUGGGAUCAGGAGGCCGUGUUGGGCAAAUGUUAUCAUUGCUGCUGAAAAAAAAUCCUCUAAUCGAUCAAUUGCAUUUGCAUGAUAUGAGCGCUUCACCGACUGCUCUGGAAAAGGUUCUCUCUGACAUAUGCACAAAGACGGAAGCCAAGUGUUUCGUUGGGCCUGAGCAACUUGUUGAAUCUCUUACCGAUGCCAAUAUUGUAAUUUUCGCUGUCGCCUUGCCAGAAAGGCCCGACACUGUUGAUCCGAUUGCCGGUAUAACCUCUGCCGUCAGUUUAGCCUGCCCGAAGGCUUUGCUGGCCUUUGUUACCCAGCCCAUUAAUUUUGUAGUACCAAUGGCUGCUGAGUUUCUAAAGGCACAAAAUACUUAUGAUCCGAGACGUCUCUUCGGGGUCACCACUUGGCAUUCGCUGCGAAUUGAAACUUUUGUAUCUGAUGUUUUUAAUAUCGACCCCGCACGGGUGUCUGUCCCAGUUAUAGGUGGAUUUAGCGUCGAUACGUCUGUGCCACUCUUAACGCAAUGUUGCUCCGAUUUACGUGAAGAAAAAGUAGAUGAGAACAGCAUAAUUGAGAAGAUGGAGAAUAGUGAGUACCAUGGGCUUGCAGCCAAAACCUUAGGUAACCUCUCGAAGGCCAAUGCCGGAGCUUUAUUCAUUGAUUCUCUGCUGCGUGGCUUAAAUGGCGAACCAGAUGUCAUUCAAUGCUCAUUUGUGGGCUACGAGGCACCUCUAUGUCCAUUUUUUGCCACUCAGGUGAUUCUGGGACGCGAGGGUAUUCAAACCAAUCUGGGUCUACCGCCGCUGGGGAGUCGUGAGGAAGAGGCUCUGAAUAGAAUUGUGCCCGUGCUCCUACAGAACAUUAAUGAUGGUGUGUUUAUGGCCAAAAAUACAAUUGAUGGUGAUGCCAAAGAAGCGAAUCAAGAGGAAGAAAAGACUGAAUUGAAUUAAAAUCAUUUUGCAUAUUUGUAUUGAAUUAAAACCCAAUAACUUGGCGUA